AUGGCGCUGCAAUCACUCAUGGUCUCUGCGGGGCAGUCAGUCCCUCACACUGGUGGCUGUGAGCCAGACGUAGUUGACUCUUCGGACGUCUUGAACCCCUCUGACCGUCAAAAGGCCUUCGUCCUCAUUGUCGGGGGCGGCAUGGCAUCGCAUUGGGCUUCUAUUUGGAUAUUUGAGGCGAAGGCAGAUAUUUUCUCAGUAGAACUGACUGCAGUGGAAGACACGACUGGGUAUCGGUGGCGCCGAGCCCGUGGCAAGAUGCGCCAUUUGCUGUCCCCCAGUUCCACCUGCAUCGGUGCGACAUCAAACACUACACAAGCUUUUUUCGAGUCGACAGCAACAUCAACUGGCUGGCCUUUUCCUGUUGGUUUUGCAAGGGAAGCAAGCGCCAACCGGGUUCAGGACGAGGACAGCGAGUACGAUUGCUUUUUGCCUUGCACGGAUUCUCGAGCCAUGCUGCAUGCGAAAGCUGGGGCAGCGGUGGACUACAUUUGCAGCAGGGCUUCCGCCGAUUCUUGCAUGGCAGAACAACGCGACCGUGUCCAAGAAUGCAUCGUCAACUUCAUUGCAAACGGGGGAGGGUCCAACUAUAUCAUGACAGGAGACCUUGUAUCUGAGACGAGGAGCGGAGUGAUCGAGGUUGAAACCACGACGCCCUUUCAACUGUACCACCGUUCGCAGCAAGUGUCGCUCCACGGAUCCUUCUACGAUCUUCUCUUUCACAACUGCCAGCUAUACAUACUCCAGCUGAUGCAUGACAAGUACAAGGUGGAAUUCUCGCAGCUGCCACGGGCUGUAGGAAGUGUUGCGGCCGGUCCGCUCAUGCUCACUUUGGAGGUGAUUUUCAUGGCCGUGUUCUCAGGGCUGGAGCAGGUGCACGCCUCUCUGGCUGUGUCUGUUGGAGUCCUUUGGAUACUUGCGGAGAUGCGUGCUACAUACAUGUACGAGCACAGCGACGGGUUCUGGAACGGCAUUUUAGCUACCAUUCUCAUCCUGAUCUACGCUAUGUUUGACGAAAGGCACCACUUGGCAGUCACCAUUCCAGUGCUCAGUUUGUUGUGGGAUGUGUGCAUGGUGAAAGAGGCGAUGCUAGUCAACAAGGUCUAUGAGAGCCAUUGGUUGAUGCUUCUGAACGCAUUCUGGGUUCUUUUAGCCCUGGGCGUGGUUUGUCUCUUGCAGGUGCUUCGCGGAUGGCCGGUUGUAGACCUGGUGAUUUCAGGUGCCCUUCCGCAGCUUUUGCUGCUAGCUCGGGGAAACCGGCGAAUAUUGACAUUCAUGUUUGAUGAGUUUUUCCAUGCCGACAUUCUGCUGGAGUCGUUGAUCGUUCUCUUCAGGCUUAAAGAGCCCCCUGCACACAAGCUGGAAGAUUGA